GUUCCGUUUGAAAGUCUGCAUGCCGCAGAAAUGUGUUGAAUUAUGUACGGCAUUAGAGUUUUCACAAGUUUUUUGUACAUGUUCAUCGGUUAAAAAUAAUAUUGAUAUUGAUCGUAUUUAUAUUGAUAAUGACAACCUAAAAAAGACGUACCUUAAUUACGUAUCAUAUCUAUAUACGCCUCAUUUUGAAGCUAGUAUUAAUUCAAUAUUAUCUAAAUUUACAUCCAAACUUGUCCAGUUUUUUUUUCUAUUCUCGAAAAUGGAAACGAUAUCCGACAAUAUUUAAAUUAUAUCUAACAUAAAAAACAUAGCUAUCUAAACUCGUUUGUGAAUUUUGCUGUGAAAACGCAUUUACAUUGACAAGAUAUCAAAAAUAUCUAUACUUAACUAAUUAAUUAAUACCUGGUGACACUGCCGGGAACUGACCAGCAUGAAGUCGAUCAAUUUGAGGCGUACGCCUAAAAAUGUGAUAUAUGCGCUGAUUUUGCUGUGCUUCUCGCUGUACGCCAUCUUCCACCUCGGGGGAUGGGACCAUAGCACAUCUUCUCUCUCGUUCUUGCGCCGCUCCGAAGUAAUGGCGAGCUUCAAAAACACAGAUGAAGAACAACGACAAUUCAGUCUCCAGCAGAAACUGCAAUCAAAUCCACUGGUGAAGCAACAGCAAGGACAAAAGGAAGAUCGUCAGCAACAACGAGACAAACAGAAGCAAACGAACCAACAAAUGAAGCCAGACAAGCAGCGUCAGCAAGACAAACAGCAUCAGGAUCAACUGCAAAAUCUAUUGGAGCAACACCGUUUCAAGUUGUCAGGCGUGAAGCAAGAACUGCCUAAAGAAACUGAAGGAAAACAGGUCGACCAAAAUUCCGAAACAAAUGGACCGCUGGAGAAAGGCGAUCUUCUUGGUCCAAAAUUCAAGAAUUUCAAGAAAAUUCUUUACUGGAAUGAUGCCUACGGAACCGAAGAUUUUUGGCUCGGCCUCGGCCAGAAGCCGUUCAUUGAGGCGGGCUGCCGCGUCACCGAGUGCUUCGCUACCCACGACCGGCAGCUGCUGCCAGCUGAGCGAGCCGACGCCAUCUUGUGGCAUUCGAGAUCUAACGACAAGUCUCUUCCCAAAGUUAGGUCUCCUCAUACCUUCUACAUCUUCUGGUUGAUCGAGAGCGCGAGUUACCCAUACGGGGACCUCAACACCUACAACGGCGUCUUCAACUGGACCAUGACUUAUCGUCUCGACUCUGACUUCCCACGACCGUACGGGAGUAUAGUGUUCUCACCCAACGUCUCAGCCAAGACUGCCGCACCCAAAAAUUACGCUCAUGGGAAAACUAAACUGGCCGCCUGGUUUGUCAGUAACUGCCACACCAUCAGCGGCAGAGAGCACCUGGUGAAGGUUCUACAGACACACAUGGACGUGGACAUCUAUGGAGGAUGCGGGACGUUAAUUUGUACGAGAAAAGAGAGCAAAAAAUGCAAGGAGAUGCUGGAGAAAGACUACAAAUUCUACUUGGCCUUCGAGAACAGCCUUUGUGUAGACUACAUCACCGAGAAAUUUUUCGACACUAUCAAGUACAACGUGGUGCCUGUCGUCUAUGGCCUCGGCUACAAAAGAACUCAAAUUCCCAAGGGCGCCUACAUUGACGUCAUGGACUUUGCCUCCGUACAAGAACUGGCGAGCUAUCUACUCUACCUGGACUCGAACGACACGGCUUACAAUGAGUACUUCAGGUGGAAAGAAGAUGGCUACAAAGCAUUGGAAGUGAUAAAUGAUGUGUACAUACAAGCUUUCUGCGACGUAUGUGAAAGGCUUCACGAAGCUGAAGACAGGACUGUGGUUGACGUUGCUUCAAACGACGGUGUGCACGUAAACAAAAGUGGACAACAGUUUCAACGUCCAAUGAUCAAAGAAAAGUAUCGAAAGGUUUACAAUAUCAACGAAUGGUUUGCUACUGGACAGUGCAUUUCCCCCAACAACAAUGAAAAGCUCAAAAGUUUCGUUCAUGGGAAAUAUGUGAGUCAUGAAGACAUGAAAAGUGAACUGCAGAAGCUCCCGUUACUUUUCAAGCCCAAGAAAUCAACAGACGAUCGUCCAACGUAAAUGAAGGCGAAAGCAAGAGCUCAUCCACAGUGACUCGAUUUGGGGCAACUUCUGGUUUUCGAUUGUAAUGAAUUUAAAACUCAGUCUGCAAAUUGAAUAAACAUGUAAACGUCUACGAACAGACAAUUUGUUCACCCUAUGAAGGGAUCUGUGCAUUGGCACACCGCAGAAAUUAAAUUUGUUAUUUGUGAGUGAGCCAAUAUUCUACAAAUUUUUACCCCUCGUAUAAUUCGAGCACGAUUUCAGAAUUUGUUAGUGAGCUAAUAUUCUACAAAUUUGCUCAUCUCAAUAAUUUGAGCACGAUUUCAGAAUUUGUCGCUAUUUCCUAUGAAAAUCGUGAGUGUGCAGAGCAACAAAGUUGUUAAGAUUCGCCUACUUAAUCUUCACGGAAUUUUAAUAAGCACCAUUUUCCAUUCAACUCACUGAUAUUUUGUAUUGUUUGCACUUGAAGAUUGCACAAUGCACAACGCAAAAAAAAAAUAAAUUGGAAAAACGUGUG